CCCAAGUGGGUGCAAGUGCAAUGUCGCUCCCCAGUUUGCCUUUUGCGAGUAUGAGCACCAAGCUGCGUUUCGUGGCGCCGCCGUCGCGGGCGUCUUCGGGCAAAAUCUGGCUCCUCGACGAGAAGCAGCUCGACGACUUUGCGAUCCUCGACACCACCACGUCGACCAACACGCAGACCGAGCGCUUCCACACGCAAAUGCUACUGGAUCUCGACCCGUACGAGACGUCGAGCUACGACAAGCAGAGCGACAUGGACGACGACGACGGCGCGCUCCGCGCCGGCACGGCGCUGCGUUUUUUCAGCCUCGAAGCGUUCGCGCUCCUCAGCCAGUACGCCGGCGUCGGCAUCCUCUUCAACACGCUACCCGCGCUCGCGUACCCCGUGUUUCAGAACUAUCUGCACAUGCAAGGCUACCAAGUGUCGUCGUACACGGCGCUCAUCAACCUCGGGUGGUCGUUCAAGAUCUUCUUUGGCAUUCUCUCCGACUGCUUUCCGAUCUUUGGGCUGCAGCGACGCCCGUACAUCAUUCUCGGCUGGACCAUCUGCGCGGCGUGCUGCGCGGUCAUGGCGCUGACGCCGUUUGCCAAGCCGUACUACGGCGCUGCAUUCCUUGCGCGGCUUCCGUUGGCCAACAUUUCGAAAAGCGACCAAGACGCGUACAUGAACCUCGAUGCGCCGUCGAGCAGCGGGCUCUUUAUCGUGCUCUCCAUGGUUGCUAGCCUUGGCUACGUCAUGGCCGUCACCGCCUGCGACGCCAUGGCGGUCCAGUACGCGCAGCGCGAAGCGCUGUCCCACCGCGGGCGCAUGCAGACCACCAUGUAUUUCGUGCGCGAUUUUUCGGGGAUGGUGCCCCAGAUUCUGGUCGGGUUUUGCAUGAACGACUACACGUACGGCGGCAGCUUUGACUGGGCGAUCUCGCCCAACACGGUCUACGCGAUCCUCGUGCUGCCCUGCGCGGUUUGCAUCACCACGGCAACCUUCUGGAUGGUCGAAGACAAGGUCCUCGUGCUGCACUUUCGUCAGUACCUCAAGAACCUCUGGGACCUGCUGCAGCUGCGCGUCAUGUGGCAGUUUUGCGCCUUCCAGCUCCUCAACCAAGCGUGCAUCGCCUUUGACACGACCGUCUCGAGCCCGCUCGCGUCGACGCUCCUGCACGUGCAGCCCGUCGCGGACCAAGCGUUCGUCGUCAUUGGCAUUUUCCUCUACACGGCAACCAUGUUUUCCAUUGGCAAAUUUGCUCUCAACUGGGACUGGCACCGCACCGUCAUUCUCCACACAGUCCUCCUCGUCGCGCUCGAUGCGAGUUUCAAGCUUCCGACGGUCUGGGGCCUCAUCACGAACGAGUACGUCUACCUCGCCGGCCGCACUUGUUUGCAGCUCCCAACGGCCUUCUUGUUUUUGUUUACAACCUAUUGUAUCGUCGAAGUCGCCGACGUCGGGAACGAAGGCGCCGUCUACGCGCUUGUAACGACGUGCGCCAACGUCGCGGUGCCCGUCGCGACCUUUCUUUUCAAGACCGUCGACGCGUUCUUCGAUGUCGAGCUCAACGAUAUUCAGCGCAACGAUACUGCGGUCCGCUGGCAAAUGACGUAUUGCUAUCUCAUUGCGUACGCGUUCAAGCUCGCGUCGCUCGUCUGGCUCGUCUUGCUGCCGCGCCAGAAGGCCCACGUCCAGAUCCUCAAGCGUUCGGGGGGCACGAGCCGCAUCAUGGGUCUCGUGCUUGUGCUCGUCGUCGCAUUUUGCCUCCUCGCGGUCGUUGUCACCAACCUCCUCGCCAUCUUUCCGACGACGUCGUGCCUCCGCAUUGCUGGCGGUCCGGGCUGUGCCGUGUCUCCUUAAUUUAAACUGUACAUGCUUUUUGCCGCA